AAGUAGCGGGUGCGUGCUUGCUCUCUAUUCUCCUCGCUGCUUUUGCUCCUUGGAUUUCAAUUCCAAACAUGGUUAUCCAUUUGGGGUCUCUCUCCGUUCCACUGCCAAGAGAUACACAUUCCACACUCAACACCAGCUCCCUCUGCUGCUCUCUCACGGUCGCUAUUCCAUUUGCUGCAGCGCAGGCGGGACAGGCAGUGCAAGGAGAUCUCUGUCCUGUCUGUGAGUUUUCCAGCUAAUGGCCUCGACUCUUUUUCUGACUGAGCUCUUUUGGCCUCACGUUUGCCAGAUUCUUUUCUCACUGUUGUGGAUCAGAAGGGGGCCAGCCGACGCUUUGUGAGCCACAAAGAGAAGAAGCAAACACUUUUGGAAUUUUUUGGGUGCAAAAACAUUCAGCAGCACUUUUUUAGCAUGUUACUUUGAAGCACUGCUGUGGGAGCAGACGGUGCACAAGAGGAAGAGGAGAAGGAACAGCUACCCAGCAGCUCUGGUUUCCAGCGUCUGCAGCACCCUUUGUGUAUGACAAUUCAUUCUGAGCGCAGGACGGCUGGGGAGGGUGGGGAGUGGGGCAGGAUGAGCGCAAACAGCCCCUCUUGGGACCAGGCUGUUCUCCGGCCUCCGGUGUGUGAUGCCUGGAAAGAGAUUAUGGAGGAAGCAGCCUACCAGCUGGCCAGCUGCAUUGUCCUCCUGGGUUACAUGGGGGGAAGUGGCAUCUUUGGGUCUCUCUAUAUCUUUGGCCUCCUGGCCCCAGGCUACUUCUGCUAUGCUCUGUGGGGCUGGCUGAGCGCUUGUGGGCUGGACAUCUUCAUCUGGAACAUGCUGCUGGUCCUCGCCUGCUUGCUUCAGCUGGCUCACCUGGCUUACCGGCUCCGCAGAAACACCAUCCCAGAAGAGUUUGACCUCCUCUACAAGACCAUGUACCUGCCCUUGCAGGUGCCCCUGGAAGUCUACAAAGAAAUCGUGAAGUGCUGUGAAGAGCAGGUCCAGUCACUAGUCAGAGACCAGAAUUAUGCAGUGGAGGGCAAGACGCCCAUUGACCGCCUCUCGUUGCUGCUGUCUGGCAGGAUCCGAGUGUGCCAGGAUGGACAAUUCCUUCACUAUGUCUUUCCAUACCAGUUCCUGGACUCUCCAGAAUGGGAGUCUCUGCGACCUUCUGAGGAAGGAACUUUCCAGGUCACGCUCACAGCCGAGACCGAUUGCAGCUACAUCACCUGGCCGAGGAAGAAGCUGUAUCUCCUCCUGAGGAAGGACCGCUACAUCGCCCGGCUCUUCUCCUCCCAUCUGGGCUAUGACAUCUCAGAGAAGCUCUACUCCCUCAAUGAGAAGCUCUUUGCCAAGUUUGGCCUUCGCUUCGACAUCCGCUUGCCCAGCCUCUACCACGUCCUUGGACCAGCCUCCUCUGAGGGGGAGUCGGAGGACUGUGAGGAGCUGCUGCCAGGCUCUGGCCAGGCCAGCGUCUCUGAGCCACCGCCGCAGCCGCCACCGCCGCCACCGCCGGCUCCGCGCCCCCGGGCAUCCCGGCCCGACAGUGAUGUGCUGGGUGAGGACUCCACCAGUCUUGUCUUGGAAGAUUUUGCUGAGUUGCCGGGGUCUUUUAUGGACUAUGUGAGCGAAGGGGAGUAUAUGAAGUGAGGGCACUCCUGGCACGGGCACACCUCACCCUGUGUGGGACCCUCACCCUCUGAAAACCAUCUCCAGAGUUCUCACCCUCUCUGCAAAGGACGAGCCCCUCUGGCUCCCACCCAGACCCCUGAACUCUAGGGAACAACAGGCUGUUUUGAUCCUGAAGCCCCUCCAAGGGAGCAGAUGCUCACACAGGUUUUUGACCAGAGACACUUUAGCAUGCAGAGACGUCUGCCAGCAGAUAUCUACACUCAGGAGCACAUGAAGCACAUGCUUAAGACUGCAGUGUGACACUCCAGCACCUCCCACCCCAUGGCUGUUCACCAGAGCUGCCUUCCCCAGUGUGCUUCCAUGGUCUGUUUUCUAGUCCUGCCUCUCUGAGGUUAUCAGCAGCUCUGUCACCAAAGUGCACCAAUAUCCUGCAAGCAAUACCAACCUGCUUGCAGAAUCUGUGUUCCCUUUGAUUCAAUGAUUCCCAUUAAAGUCAAGAUGAAACUA